AUGGCACCCAAAGGCAAUGCGAAAGGUGAAAAAGGAAAACCAGCCAAGGGCAAAGGAAAUAAUGAUGACAAGGCCAAGGGUGGAAAAGCAGAUUCGAAAACUGCUGGUGGACAGUCGAUUAACGUGCGACAUAUCCUUUGCGAGAAACACUCCAAGAAGGAGGAAGCUCUGGAGAAACUACGCAACGGCACCAAGUUCGACGAGGUGGCACGUGAGUUCUCAGAGGAUAAGGCCAGACAAGGCGGCUCUCUAGGAUGGAAGGUUAGGGGUAGUAUGGAUGCCGAGUUUGAGAAAGUUGCCUAUGAACUUGAACCGAGCACAACGGCCAAACCUAAGUAUGUGGAGGUGAAAACAGGUUUCGGAUAUCAUAUUAUCAUGAUUGAAGGAAGAAAAUGA